UAUGUAUUUCCCGGGGUUGUUAUGGCUUUUCCCCGUAAUUUCCCCGUACUUUCAAUUCAUUCUUAGUGUCUGAAUGAACCAGCAGAAGUCCGACCAUCGGCGCCCCGCCACCAGCCAUGGCCUUUCUGCGCGGAUUUCUCGAAAAUCUACGAUCCACGCGGCUAGAGCCCGAACCACACAAGGUGCUUGAGGUGAAGCCCGACGAGUACGCCCUGUGCAACAUCCUGGCUCGUGAGGACUCCUUGGUGCUGUACCAGUACGCCGUGAGCACGCCGGAGAGCGCAGAGUCUGGCUCGUACGACGUCGUGUUGCACAAGGAUGUCACCCGGUCUCCACACGCCGCCUUCAGUCUGCUGCGCACCAAGGACCAGGUGGCUGCGGAGGUGAGCUUUGUGCAACUGCGGGACAAGCUGCCCCUGCUGCUGGAGUGCGUGCCGGACCUGCUCUCCAAGGACCUGGUGCAGGAGGUGGUCCUCCUUGUGCGCAACAACCCCUCCUGGACCCUGGCACACCUGGCCGCACACCUCGGGCUCGUGGACUGCUUCAAGAACCAGAAGGUGGCCGCGCAGAUCUGCCAGCCUGCCCAGGACACCCUUGCCACGCCGCUCCACAUCGCAGUGCGUGCCCAGAAGCUCAACUCUGUUCAGGUGCUGAUGGGCAUGGACGCUCCGCUCAACCUCACCGACCACAACGGGGACACCAUUUACCACGCAGCCGCCGUCACAACCAAGGAGCUCAUCAAGGCGCUGUCGGUGAGACCCGCCCCUACGGCCGUCAUCAAUCAGGUGAACAACGACGGCUACACCCCCCUGCAACUGGCCUGCCUCACGGACAAGCCGGAGUGCGUCCGGGAGCUCCUCAAAGAGGGCGCCGACGUAAACUCCGCCUCCGUCAACCUUGCCGACAGAAACAACAGCACCUGCCUAGGGCGAGACCACGUUGAACAGAACGGGCACAACUUCCAGAUAGAAGACAUGAAGCACGGCGGAACUCCACUGCACUGGGCCAAGACCACGCAGUGCCUGGAGACGAUGAUUGAGCUGGGCUGCGACCUGGAUGCGAAAAACUUCCAGGGCAACACGGCGCUGCACAUAAUGGUCGCCAGAGGCCGCCUCGCGUGCGUCAUAAGCCUCCUCAGCCACGGCGCCAGCGUCAACGCCGUGGGCUGCGACGGAGACACCCCGCUGCACGCCGCCGUGCGGGGCGACGUGUCCCUGAUCCACGCCCUGAUCGUGUUUGGUGCGGACGUGAACCAGCCCAACCAAAAAGGGGAGACUGCCCGCCACCUGGCAGCCACCUCCAAGCUGAGCAAGCGGGACAGCGUGCUGUACACCUUGCACGCGGUGGGCGCCCGGCGCUGCGACCGCGACCAGGCCUGCACCGAAGGCUGUUCCCCAGAAGGAUCCUUCGACGGCGUGGCCCCCGAGAAACCAAACUUCUUCAAGGCCUCGCGCCUGUACGACGACCUGAUGGGAGCGUCGAUAGUGAAGAGUGCCCUGGGCCGCUGCCAGGAGCGUCAGCGGCCCCCUCGCAGCCGGUCGCGGGUGCUGUGCCUGGACGGGGGGGGCAUCCGGGGCCUCAUCAUCAUCCAGAUGCUGGUGGCCCUGGAGGCCGUGGUGGGGCGCCCGGUCCUCGACUGCUUCGACUGGGUCGCCGGCACUAGCACCGGAGGCGUCCUCGCUCUGCUCCUUGCAUGCGGAAAGACGCCCCGGCAGUGCCUGCAGCUCUACUUUAGCCUCAAGGACAAGGUGUUCAUCGGAAACCGGCCGCACGACGCAGACUCCCUCGAGAAGUUCCUCCAGCGGGAGAUGGGCGAGACCACCCUCAUGACCGACAUCAAGCACCCAAAACUGAUGAUCACGGGGGUACUGGCAGAUCGACAUCCGGCGGCACUACACCUUUUCCGGAACUACGACUCGCCCAAGAAGAUUCUCGGAGUGACCGAGGACGAGUCGGACUUCCCCUCGUGCACACCGCCGCACGAGCAGCUGGUGUGGCGAGCAGCGAGGGCGUCCGGUGCCGCGCCAACCUACUUCCGGCCGUUUGGCCGGUUCCUCGACGGUGGACUCAUCUCCAACAACCCGACCCUCGAUGCCAUGACCGAGAUCUGCGAGUACAAUGAAGCUCUCAAGGCCACGGGCCAGGAGGAGAAGAUGCAGCCCCUGGAGGUGGUGGUCUCCCUGGGCACGGGCAAGAUCCCCGUGGUGCCCGUCACGGUCAUCGACAUGCUGCACAUGGGCACGGGCAUCCUGGGCGCAGCCAAGAUGGCCUUCGGGGCCAAGGCCUUGGGGCAGCUCAUCAUCGACCAGGCAACGCAGGCCAACGGACGCCUGGUGGAUCGUGCCCAGGCGUGGUGUCGCACCAUCGGCGUGCCCUACUUCCGCCUCAAUGCCCCCAUCUCGGAGGACGUCUGCCUCAACGAGACCGACAACCGCCUGCUCGUGCGCGUGCUCUGGGAGACGCUCGUCUACAUGCGAGGCCGCCGCGCCGAACUCGACGAACUCGCACAACUCGUACGGCCCUGAAUCUCUGGACCAAACUCGUCAAACUCGCGUACGGGGCACGGCCUCCAUUUGCUCUUACGGGAUCGACUCAAGAUUGAUGCCACACACAGUAAUGCAAUUUUUCCGCAAAAAAGGGGCGUCGACAACCAUUUGUAAGGUCACGAUGCUGUGCGCGGCAACGUAAUUCUUCUGCAAAAGAGGGGGCCGACGACGGCUGCAAUUUUUAAGGUCAUGAUUCUGGAGAUUCUACAUCAGAUGGUGCCAGGAGCUUAUUAAGUGGCCCUUCUUUGUAAUAAGGUCGCGGAGGCAAGACUUUUAUAUGUCGCCGUCGGAGGCGAAAAUUCGGGACCGUCAUAUUUUUGGAGUGGCACUAUGCCACAAGUUUGGUGCUAUGUCCCGAUUGGUUUUAAAUUUUUCGUUAUUUUAUGAGGCGCGCCUUAAUGUUACUAUUGUCGCUUUAUUUUCCCGCUUUUAGCUCUUUGUGGCAACGAAGGUAGUUUUCUAGUUACAGACUGAACUGUCGUCUGCUUCCGUGUCAACGGCAUCUCUGGCGAUCUCUUUAAAUUUAUUCUGAAACGAAAUGAAAUCCCUAUGACUAUAUGAGUUAACAAUGUUUCUUUAGUUUUGAGCUAGUCCCAUAUGAACUCAUGUAGCAGAUGAUCGAUUGAUUUGUGCUAAUUUACGUGACCAAAACUGAAACGUCAGCAACCUGAUACCUGGCAGACGACGCUAAAAUAUUUGCCAGACGACGUCACGACGGUCUGCAGACUAUGUUGUCAUGACGUUCCGUAAACAGUGUUAUCGCGCCUGAUGGACAGUGUUGCCACAGUGUUCAGCACACAGCGUUUGGCAGACAAUGUUUUCUCAUAGUUUGCCAGGCGACGUCAAAACGCAUGGCAGACGGCAUUGUCACAACGUUGUAACAAGGUCAAAACAAGGCCCGUCCAAAAUGCACUUAGAAAAAAAAAAAAAAAAAAGCUUUGUGGCCUACAUUUAGCGCAAACAGUUCAUGAAGCCGAUUUUAUAAAAGCUUCACGCGCGACGCUUGCUAGUCUCUCCGAACACCGCGUUUCGAACCUAUUUUUGCUUUACCUACUCAUCCACUCUCAGUGCCUACACUGUACAAUUCUCGAAAGAGAGAGAGGGUAACGUUACUAGAAGACACUUUUGGCUAACCACACUAAUAAAAAAAAAACAACUAAUUUGAGGAAUUUUGUUGAGGCAGCGCAUUCCUUCUUUUCACAUUCCGAGAGGCAUUCGCACACACGUCUGAACAGAUUUUGUACUCAAACAGAACGAACAGGGUCGUGCCUUUACUUGUUUAGCGUAUUUAAAUAAGUUAUGUCAAUAUUACUACCGUUACUGCUGUUGUCGUCGUAAAAGCAACACUGGGACAAGCUUUAAUAUUUGUUUUUGUUUAAUUAGCUUUGUACUUACAUUGCACGUGCCGUUGUGCCGAGCCCCCACGUGUGGUCGUGUUUUACGAAUGUUAAGUUUGUUAUACUACUUUCUGUGAUAUGAGCUGGGAGCUUGUUGAGUUUGCAACUGAUCUGGGCUUCAACGUUUCUCGUGUCAACUAUUGGUGGUGUGCAAACGUGAAAACGGUUAUUUUGCCCUCAAAGGAAUUCUGAAACGUUAUUUUGGAAACGUUUGCCUUUUCAUACUACAUUGGGGUGAUUUGCAAGACGCGAUCACCCCUGUAAAACAUUAUUGAACCGGAAACUUGGUUGAGACAUUAAAGCAAUGUUGGAAACUCUUUCUUUAUAAAACUUGUUUAGAGUGUAGCCCAGAGAAAGUGUUGCAGGUUUCAGUUUUCAAUUAAAACUUUCAGUUAAAAAAAAAAAAAAAAAAUGUUCGGUGCUUUGUUGAGUAGCGGCUGGUUUUGUUACACGACCUCGAGGAUUGCGGUAUUGUUUUUUAUUCAGCGUGGAAAGCGCACCCUUAUGCAGUGGGUUUCGCUCCUUCUAAGCGAGUAGUUGUUCUUGCUGCGCUACCGCCGAGUUGGGCUUUCCCGAUUUUGCUCCAAGAAGUCAAAUAAAAGGAACAUGCAAAAGAAGAAAAAAAAAGUACUUUGCGUACACGAAAA